CUGAUUGCUGAGGACCGUGGUCAUUUGGCCGCUGAGCUCAAGGAGGAGGAGACUCGGGUCGAGGCGCUCAUCAAUGAGCUCAAGACUACGAGUCCCGGACCCGAGGCUCUCAGACUAUUGGAGGAUGAGAUCGUGAGGGUUGAGGACCGCGUCACUGAAGAGGAGAAAUUUAUCGAGAAAGAGACCCAGACACAAGAUGAGCUGUUGAAAGACGCCAAAAUACUGAAAAACUACGUCACCCUGGAGUUGGCCGUUCUGGCCAACGUGACCGGACCCGAUCGGGAAAAGGCCCAACUCAUGGCCAAAGCCCUGCGCAAAGAGGAGCACCGGCUCGAGCAGAUGUGCCAGGAGUUGAUCAACGCGCAG